GGUCACACCAAAAAAUCCAGCUGAAAAAACUGAGGAACAACAGGUUCGCAGUUCGAUUUCGAGAGCAGGCAUUCAAAAUGAGCAAGGAAAUCCGUUUGGCCACCGUCAAGCAGCACAACAAGCCCACUGAUCUGUGGGUGGUCAUUGACAAUAAGGUGUACGAUGUGACCAAGUUCCGGCUCGAGCAUCCCGGUGGCGAGGACACCCUGGUGGAUGUAGCCGGUCGCGAUGCCACAAAAGAUUUCAAUGAUGUAGGGCAUAGCUCGGAGGCAAGGGAGAUGCUAAAGAAAUACUACAUUGGUGACCUUGAUGCCGCAGAUAUCCCCAAGAAAAGCCCAAUUAGCUGUCGCCAUAUCGCAUUGGCCCUGGGCGCCGCCUUCAUCGGCAUCUCGCUGGUCUAUGUGAUCCGACGCGGAGUGGCCAGGAACUAAUCUGCCGCCAAGGGAACCUGAAAAUCAGCUUCAUUCCGAGAUUCCAGAGAUUUUUUCCAACACAGAAGAACAUUUUCCAAACAUUUGAUACGAAAUAAAAUGUACAAAUUGCUUAUAUA